AUGGUUAGAUUGACUUCACAAAGAGAGGUGUAUGGACAAUGCCCAUCAAGCAGCCUUAAGAAGCUGGUUUGUUUUCUUCCAGGGUACAGUCUGUUCUUGGUUGCUGCUCAUGAAUUUGGCCACGCAAUGGGACUCGAACAUUCUGAAGAUCCUGGAGCACUGAUGGCCCCCAUCUACACCUAUACCAAGCACUUCCGCCUUUCUCAAGAUGACAUUCAAGGGAUCCAGGAACUUUAUGGGGGUUCGAUUGAUGUUGGACCAGGACCAAAACCGACCCUUGGACCUGUCACUCCUGAACUUUGUGGCCAAGAUCUUGUCUUUGAUGCCGUGGCUCAAAUGAGGGGCGAGAUCUUUUUCUUCAAAGACAGAUUCUUCUGGAGGACCGCGAAUGAAAGGAGCCGGCCAACUGGACCAUUGCUGGUGGCUGUUUUCUGGACCGACCUUCCAGAAAAAAUCGACGCUGUCUACGAAGCUCCUCAAGAAGAGAAAUCGGUAUUUUUUUCAGGGAACGAAUACUGGAUUUACACAGCCAGCACCUUGGAAAGAGGGUAUCCAAAAAGACUUACCACUCUCGGGCUACCUCCUGACGUGCAACGUGUCAACGCUGUAUUUAACUGGAGCAAAAACAAGAAGACUUACAUUUUCGCAGGGGACAAAUUUUGGAG